AUGCCGCCGAUCGAGCGCGAUGCCCCGGUCGACUGGCAUCUGAGACACAAACACUCUGCCUCAACCUCUGACCAAGGAAGAGCUCUAAUUCCCAUGUGGGAUAGCUCUGAUCCCGAGAGAGCACCCGCCCCUCUCCCAUUGAAUCCUCAGUCCCCUAGCACGUCACGAGCUUCACCAGCCAUUCAGUCAGCACAUGCCGCCCUUAAUGAGAAGGCUCGCGAGAAUGCUCCUGCGCUCAUGCCGCCCUUGACCAAGCGAAUGACAGACGGUUCCCCAGAGCGCGCCUUGGUUUCAAGGCCAAGCCCGCACAAGCGAACACAGACUCUGCAACCUUCUAGUGUGAGGGAUCUUGGUUUCCUGCUCGAAGGCCCUCCUAGGCGCGACUCUGUUAGCUCCAUUGGCACGUCAAGAUCGCCCGAAAAGUCUGGAAGACCCUCGACACCCGUUCGCGGGCGAGAAAAUGAAAAGGAAAAGUCGAUUGAUGGCGAGAAUGCGCCAAGUCCCAUGUCCAACAGCUUGACACCAGUCAUGCGCUCGUCGACCCGAAAGGCGCCUCUGGGUAUCCUCGGCGAGAAUACCCCGCCGCAGUCAGCCACAAUGCUCGCCCUUCAGAACAUGCCACCACCGGCCUCGUCAAGAGAGGCAACACCUUCAAUCGAGAUACCAAAGCCUCUGUCCAACGUCACCAACAAUUCGACUGGCAUUCUCAAAACACAGCUGCCAGUGGAGAGCCUGUCACAUCAGAUUCUCACCUUGACGAACAUUGCCACGGCUCUACAGAAGGAGAUGGCCCUUCUUAGCCGGCGCAGUAGGGAUAAUGCUACAGAUCUAAUGAGUCUCAAAGAAGCAACGCAUGCUCGGGACGAGGACAUUCGCAAGAGCUUGCGUGAGAUAAUCAUCAAUGCGGACCACAGACGUGACGGCUUCCGUGGUGGCCUGUAUAUCGAAGACAAACCUCAUGGCAGCCCACCAUCAAAGCACGCCAGGCCGUUCUCGCUGCCGAGAAUACCAUCCCCGACCAGUUUUGCGGUAACUAUGGACCAGGAUUCAACCAUCAGCUCGUCGACCAUGAGUUCCGUCCCUUCUCUGGUAGGUGACUCGCCUGCUACACUGGCUCUUUUGGAGAAGAUUAUUCGUGAAAUGGGCACCAAAGACGGCCAGGAAAAUGCAGUCGAGCGCUUGACAGAACUUGCCGAGAGGCUCACUGGCCUCGCAUCUUCGGCCAAGGUUGAGGAACUCAUUGGCGAAUUGAAGUCUACUAGCCAACAACUCGCUCUUGUUCCCGCAGGCGGUGGCCGAGGCGGUGGUAACAAUACACGCGGUCGCCACCUCAGUUUCGACGACGACGAUGAUGACCGCAGUCACCGAGAUAUGAACUGGAGCCACGGCGGAUCGAGUCCAGUAUCUCAGAGAAUCAACGCCUUCAUUCAGGACAGAGAUGGUCGACGUGCAUCGCUACCUUCCAACCGCGCCGGUGAAAUCGUCAAUGAGGAGGUCAUCAAAGUCAUUCGCGGAGUAAAGGAUAGUGUCGCUGCGAGCGGUGGUCUUACUUCUGAGGUCAAGGCUCUCGUACGUGAGCUUCGUGGAGAGGUUCUGGGUAUGGGACGAGAAAUUGGUCGCCGGAUUGACGAGGUCAAUGCCACGGUGGCUGCGGGCGGCGUCAUUGCCCCAGCCGACACAAAUGAACCCGCCACCAAGAACCAGAUGGAGAAGAUCGUGAUAGAAGGCUUGGAUCAGAUGCGCAGCCGGAUGACCCAACUUCUGAAAGAUCAUCGCCGUGAAUCAGCCGAGUCAACGACCGCCCCGAUCGACUACCAGGAAAUAUACAAUGCCAUGAAGGCCGCCCUCAAUGACAGUCAGGAGCUUUUCUCGCGCGAAGAUGAAUUGAGCCGAGAUGACGUGCUUCAGGCCGUCAGGGAUGCAUGGGAGACCUAUAAGCCCGAGAUUCACGUUGAGCAACUCGGACUCGAACGUGAUGAAGUCUUGGCUGUUCUCAAGCAAGGCCUGGAGGAGUUUGCACCUCCUGAGACUCCCCAAGGAGCCAGCCGGGACGAAGUGUUUUUGGCUGUCGUGGAAGGUCUCAAACAAUUCAAGCCGCCGCAAGUCGACACACCUGCAAGUCUUUCUCGUGACGAAGUUCUCGAGGCUGUAAGAGAGUGUCUUGAGGAGUUUGAAUUCCCUGUUGCACCAUCUGCUCUGGGCAAUGAUGUCUCGAAGGAGGACAUGCUGGAAGCUGUGAAGCAAGGGCUAGAGUCCUUUGAGUUCCCCGACUUUUCAAAUGCAAUCGUCCCUCAUGCCGGAAGUGUCGACAACAGCGAAGUAAUAGAGAGACUUCAAGAUAUCAUGCAGGUCAUCAAGGACGAGUUCAAAGCCGUAUCAGCGGAAGCCAAGCAAAAUGUCGCAGCCAACGGUAGAGACACGGAACAGGUACUCGAUGCCACUAAGGAUGGCUUCGAGGAACUGCGUGCUCAUAUGGAAAGCUACAUUGAUCGCUUGAAUGGCACAGGCAGCCAUGAUGAUCUCGCACAGACUCUUGCCGAGAGCUUGAACGGCUUCCAAACAGAGAUAUCAGAGAUAGUUGCUCAAGCAUCCGAUGGGUCCAAGGCUAUGUUGCAGGAAGAGAUAGAGUCUCUGCGCGACGCUGUCAACUCAUCGCUGGUCCCACACACUCCCCAGGGCUCUGAUAACAGGGAGGUCUUGGAGGCUCUCCGAGAAGGCCUCGAGCGUGUACGUCUGGAACUGCUGCGACCUCAUGCUGGUACCACUGAGGUGCUUGACGCAAUGCAUGAGGGUUUUGGCGAGCUCCGAGCCACGGUCGAGAGGAUUGCCGACAAGCCUACAGAUCUGACAGCAAACGAUGAGGUUCUAGACGCUCUAAGGUCCGGUCUUGACAAUCUUCGAGCCGACAUUGAGUCCCUUCGCGAACAACAUCGCGACGAAAUCGAAGCUCUCCGGGAACAGAACAAGAAUGGCAUCGAGUCUCUUCGCGAGCAAAACCAGAGCAACCUAGACGCGCUUCGAGAGAACAACGGCAGCCAGAUUGAAAAGGCAGUAGCUCCAGUCAGUGGUACUGUCUCGGAUGCAGUAAUUCCUGCAGACAUGUUGAAGCAAGACGAUAUUAAGAAUCUUGAAGUCAUGCUCACACAACUCAGGAUCAAGGUGGAGGCUAUGGAGCCCUCAGCACAGGCUGAUCACGACCAUCUCUCAAAGAGUGAUAUUGCGGAGAUGGAAGAGCUUUUGCGCAAUAACCCUUCGAAGGAGGACUUGACCGAGGUGCAGGAACUGAUCCGAGCCAACCUUGUCAAGCCAGAUCUCUCUGAGAUGGAGGCGCUCCUGCGCAAUGUUCAGGAAUCAGUAGCUGGUUUGGCUCAGAAAGAUGCGCCAAAAGAGGGCGCAGACGACGAGGAAAAGACUCCGAAGAAUCUUGAAGAUGCUGCUACCAAGGAGGAUGUUGAGGCAAUCGAGACAAUCCUCCGAAACACCAAAGCUCGACUGGACGACCUCAUCGAUGGGGAGCAAGCCAUACGCAAGGAUCAUGUCGACACUGUGGAAGCUUUGGUGCUUGAGACCAAGGAGUCCCUCUCUCUUCUAACGUUACACCUGGAGUCGGUAUCCAAAAAGGACGACAUCAACGCGGUCGAGUCACUUGUGACACAGAUAAUCGCCGCCUUUGACGAGAUGAAGGAGCGUGCAGAGAAGUCAUUGGAAGACCCAGAGCGUGUAACAAAGACAGAUGUUGAUGCCGUUGAGGCAGCAUGCCUCGAUAUCAAGUCUGUAAUCGAUGAGGUGCUGAAGCCAGACAUCGCUGCCUUGCCCACGAAGGAUGAUAUUAAGGGCCUGGAAGAGGUUGUCAGGGAAGCAAAGGUCGUUCUUGACUCACAAGUCGAAGCCAACGAGAAGGCUUUUGAAGAACGUCAGGCAGAGAUUGUUGGCGUCAGCGAGCGUGUCACCGAGGUCAAGGCAUUCUUUGAAGAAUUCCAAACCCUGGUCAAGGAAAAACUUGAGAAUGAGACAUCAGGUCUGGAGGCUCUGAGCAAGGUCCUGGAAGCGCUCAGCUCAACAAUGGACAAGAAUGCCACCGUCUCUGACGACUUGAAAGAGAUGUUCGAAGUCAUGAAGGUGGAGUUCGAAGACUCAAAGAACGGUGUUGCUGGCGCCAAGAUCGACAAUGAUGAAAAGCUGCAGGCCACCACCGACACAUUGGGUGCCAAGAUUGAUGAGAAGAUUGGCGAGCUGAUUGCCAAGUACGAUGCCUUUGAACUUGUCAUGGAAGAGCGCCACAAGUCUGGUGAGGCGCGGGAUGUCGAGACUGAGGCUGCUGUUGUCAGCACAAAGGCUGUCGCCGAUGAGCUCAAGCUCCUGAUCGACACUUUGGGUUCUACUGUGACAGAGUCCAUGGAAAAGAUGGAAGAAGCCUCCAAGACUGUCUUCACAAGAGUGGACGAGCUAUUUACAAAGUCCGAAGAAAAUCACUCGGACGACAAGAACGAACACUCCAUCACCAGAGACCAGGUCAAGGCUGCCGUCACUGCCGUUGAGGGCCUCCAGGGCCACGUCGUUGAAUACCAGCCCAAGAUACUGGAGUCAAUCAAGGACGUACUUCUCAUUGUCGGUCAGCACUAUGAACAUUCCAAGACAACCACGACUGAGAUGCAAAAGAGCAUUGAAGACGUCAAAGAGAAGGAGCCCGAGCUUCCCCAACUUCCUCCCGUCGAAAAGUACGAUGACACUGAAAUGCAUGCCAAGCUUGACAAGCUGGUUGAUCACAGCCAUGCGGCCGGCAAGGCAUAUGCUCAGCUCGAUACUCUCGACAAGGUCCAUGCUCAAGUUGUGCAGACAGCAGCUGAGAUCAAUAGCUUCUUGGAAGCACAGACCAAGCGUAUCGAAGAGGAACGCGAGGACCAUGAGAAGGCCCAAGAAGAAGCAGCGAAGAAGCUGUCCGAGACCAAUAUUUCUCUGGCCGUUGCACAGGCGGAAAAGGAGCACGUGGAGGCAAACGUUGGGGCUUUGCGAACAGAGGAGGAAGAGCUUCGAGAGAGCAUUUUGGCCUUGAGAACAGAACAAGAAUUCCUGGCUCGUCAAAAGACACGUCUCACUGCAGAUGUCUCUUCUCUGGAGACUGCCAUGCAAAUCAGAAGAGAAGAGCUUCACGCGAUGGAGGCUCGUGCUGAGGGUCUUGAACGCCGAAUUCUGGAAGGUGUGCUUGAUCAUUCUCGAGCUCUUCUGAUGACAAAGUCUGGUGCAAAGGGCCGAGAUGCCAUGUCCCGGAAACGUGUGCCUACUUCCAAGUCGAACCUGGCGCCCAACCAUGAAUUGAGCCCCCCGGCCCCGCCGCCAACAAGUCAUCGUAAAGCAGUCAACAUUGCAGUCAAUGGUAAUCGUGCCAGCUUAAUCCCACCGAAUCCAGCCGGCGCCUCUCGCCGCAUUCUUAGUCUCAGUCAGAUCACCAACAAUGUACCAACUGGAGGUUUGAAGCGCAGCCAAAGUGUUCGUACCCCAGCUGCUCCGAUUGGUGUCCGCAAGGGCAGCUGGGGAGCGGGUAUUGGAAAGAAAUAUGGAGACCUAGGUGGCGACAAGGAAAAUGAGCCCAUUGACUCGGUUCGUGAGGACGAGGAACCAUCUGAGCUCGAUGUUCAGCCCGACUCUACUCCUCGGCAGAUGCCGCUGCAGAUUGAGGCAGCGCCAGAGCCAGAAGAGGAAACCGACAAUGAGAUUGAGGACCUGGCUGCAGUGACACCUCCUGAGAGUGAAGAAAGUGGUGGAGAUGAAGACAAUGCCAGCGACUCUGGCACGUUGAGAAGGUCUUCUCUCGGUAGUCUUGGCACCACGGUCAUUACCAGCACAGAAACAGAAACAGCAGACGGCGACUCUGAUUACGAUAGUGAGAGUUAUGACAGUCGAAGCGAAUGGACAGAGAGUGCUCUGGGCACGGAGAGCAUGGCGGAUACCGAGAGUUUGGUGGACUCGACGGUGGGAACGGGAGGCGAGCUCGUGCUGCAUGCGGCUUGA